CCCAGAGCGCAUAGUCCCUCGGCCGCUGCGCAGCACUUCUGUCCCCGGAGCCGUCCCGCGCCGCAGCCCCGCCGAGUCCCCGACGCUCCGCGCGCAGCAUGGCGCGCCCCCAGGCCCUCGCCUUCGGGCUCCUGCUCGCAGUGGCCACAGCGACGCUGGCCGCGGCUCAGGAAAGUGGAGCCUGUGUCUGUGAAAACUACAAGCUGGGGACAAGCUGCUUUCGGAAUGACAGAGGCGAAUGCCAGUGUACUUCCCUCGGUACAUCGAAUACUGUCGUGUGCUCCAAAUUGGCAUCCAAAUGCUUGGUGAUGAAGGCGGAAAUGACUUACAGCAACAGGUCUGGGAGGAGGCUGAAACCCGAGGGGGCCAUACAGAACAAUGACGGCAUGUACAACCCCGAGUGUGACGAGCUGGGGCUCUUUAAAGCCAAGCAGUGCAACGGCACCGCCACGUGCUGGUGUGUGAACACCGCGGGCGUCCGGAGGACCGACAAAGACACGGAAAUAACCUGCUCCGAGCGAGUGAGGACCUACUGGAUCAUCAUUGAACUAAAACACAAAGAAAGAGAAAAUCCUUACAACCUUCAGAGUUUGAAGACUGCACUUGAGGAUGUAUUCAUGUCUCGAUACAAACUGAAUCAGAAAUUUAUCAAAGAUAUUCUGUAUGAGAAUAAUGUCAUCACUAUUGAUCUGAUGCAAAACUCUUCUCAGAAAGCUCAAGAUGACGUGGACAUAGCUGAUGUGGCGUACUAUUUUGAGAAAGAUGUGAAGGGGGAAUCCUUGUUCCAUUAUUCUAAUAAAAUGGACCUGAGAGUGAAUGGAGAACAACUUGAAUUGGACCCUGGCCAGACCCUGAUUUACUAUGUUGAUGAAAAAGCCCCCGAAUUCUCAAUGCAGGGGCUCACGGCCGGCAUCAUUGCUGUUAUUGUGGUGGUGGCAUUAGCGAUCAUCGCGGGGGUAGUUGUGCUGGUUAUUUCUACGAGGAAGAAAUCAGCAAAGUAUGAGAAGGCUGAGAUAAAGGAGAUGGGUGAGAUACACAGAGAGCUCAAUGCCUAGCCGCUCUGCUUUCUGAGGAUGGAACCACCAGAAGGGGAGUUGGCAAAGGAACUCAGAUUGCAAACCUGUGAGCAUGGGACAAGAUGAAGACUGGAAGGGUUACUGUUUUGUUAGUUAACAUCCCAAAUUUGUAAUUGUGAAGUAUGUACUCAUAAAUAUAAGCAGCAUUACCAAUCCUCAAAUUAGACAAAUGUCUUACAUGUGCAGGUCCGGUGUGGAACUCAGAACUUAGCCUGCAUCGUUAAUAAUUUAUGCUGAAUACCGAAGUGUGUGUGUCACAAACAUCCCCCAGUAGAAUAUGGUGACUAGUCUCAUUUUCUGAUUUAAAGCUGCCUUUCUGUAUACCUGAGUCUUGUACAUAAAACUUUUUUUUAAUGAAAUAAAACAUUUUUAAACCGA